AUGAAGAAGGACGCAGUGGAUAACAACAAGCUGACGAACAAGGAGAUGAAUAACUUCCGGCUGAUGACACAGCUAAUAGAAUUGAAGAAACACAAAAAGGCAUUCAAAAUAUGCGAGCAGAUACUUAAGAAGUAUCCGAAAAAUGGAGAAACGCUAGCGGUGAAGGGUUACCUGUUAAACCUUAUGGAUGAAAAAAACAAAGAGGAAGCUUUUAAGCUUAUCAAAGAAGGAAUAGUAAAUAAUAUAUCGAGCAGUUUCUGCUGGUACUUAUAUGGAUGCCUUUACAAAAUAUACAAAAAUAAUGAUGAAGCUUUGAAAUGUUACCUUAAAGCGUUGAAGCUCAACCGUUAUGAUUACAAAGCUUUGAAAGAAGCAUGUAUCCUUCUGCUAUAUUUAGGAAGGUAUGAACAGUUCAAAGAUCUAAGGAUAGAUGUAUAUAAAGAUACCGUCAAGGGGGUAAGAGAUAAGGCCAUGAUAAUUUUUGCGUUUCAUCUUCUGAAGCAGUAUGAAAAAUGUUCUAUCAUAAUUAAUCAGCUGCAGGAUGAGUUGGUUCCCAAAGGGAAUGCUAAUCGGGACCCAAUAAAGGGAACCGAUUUGCCCCCCAGUGAAAGACAUGAUCUGAUAACCUACAUGUGUGAAAUUUUGUUAGAAGGAAAGCUUUACGAAGAGUGCCUAAAAUUAUUGAAAACACAUGAGGAUGAUUUACUGGACAAAUUGUGGUAUAAUAAAAUGCUCGGAUUGGUAUACCUAUUUGAAGACAAUUUUGAUCAGGCCAAUUUAUAUUUUAAGAAGGCCUUCGAACUGAAUUAUGAAAAUUUGAAUAUCCUUUUGCUGAUUUUGUACACGGAGAGGAGUUACCCGCUUGAUGGAAAGGGGGGAAGCAGUGGAGAGACAGAAGACUCAUCAAAGGAGGGAAGAAAACUCUCCAGCUUGUUCUUUCUCGAUUAUAAAAAUGAGCAUAAAAUGGAUGAACAGGUAAAUGUGAAUGAACAUGUUAAGGUAUUACUACACGAAUUUAUUUUAGACGUUUAUGGGUCAAAUAGAAAUCUGAAGUUACUCGCCAGGAAGGAGAAAAAUAUCUUGAAUGAUUAUGUGUGUCAUAAUUGGGGAAUGAAAAAAUAUGACGUAUACACCCUUUCUGAAUUCAAUAAUUUUGUUAAUGUAAAUUUAGUGGAUGAAGAACAUUUUAAAGAAAAUCUACAUUUGAAAAAUAUUGAUGAAUAUAUCACCUCGAUGAGGGAAAGUGUUCAUACCGAAAUGAACAACAUCACCAAGGGGGGGGACGAUGUAUACUCGCGUAACAUUAUUCACUGGUCGGAAAAACUAGGAGUAGACUUACCAUACUGCUAUAAAAAAAGAUUUGAAAAAUGCAUGAAUAUGAUGCACUUUUACAAAAUAAAAAAUCUCAAUGAGGAGGAGGAAAACUGCUUCGAAAAUUAUUUUAAAGAUUUGCAAAAAAAAUAUAAGCAUUCGAAUUUGUUAAAAAUAUUUCCCCUUUACUUUUACAAUGAAAAAAAAUUUUCCUUUCACGUGGAAAAACUACUUCGCAGUUUAUGCUUUCAGAAGUGCUUAACCAUUUUCAGCUAUUUUAGGCCUUUCUUUACUUACAAAAAUGUUAAAAUAAUUCUUUUUUUGCUUCAAAAAUAUGUUGAAAAUUAUGAGCGCGUGAGGGACAUUCCCCCCUUUGACUGUGGUCCUUCUUGUGGUGAGAUCGGAGGAUGUCACGACUGUUUGGGGGGAAACAUGGGUCAAGAAGGUGAAGAAUCGCCCCAAAAGGAGACACAAGGAUGGGAUAAAGAAGUCCCCGAAAAGCGAGAAUUCAUGCCUGAGCACGACCAUGAGGAGGGUCACCUAAAUGGUGAGGUGAUAAACGGGGAACUACCCACCGGUGAGGAAAAGAUUCACCUGGAAAAAAGCACCAACGGGGAAGCGGAAGAGACUCCCCAAAUGAGCAGCGAAAAAAAAAUUGUGGACAGUUUCCUAGACGAGACGGAAGAAAUGAAAAACAUCAUUGGAAUGGCCACUCCCUUAGGAGGAGAGAACCCCCAAAAAAAAGACCAAAAUGGAAAAAAAAUCGAAAAGGGAAGUGGAAAAAAAAGCACCGGUGAGGGGAAAGAAAAAAAAGAAAUAAAACUUGACUUAAAAAAAGUCACCCUAACAGAGGAGGAAAGGAAGGAAUACUUCAUGUUGUGCAUUUACUCCUUCAUUAGUCAGCUGUAUGACUACAUAAACUGCGCGAAGGAGUCGCUAACUCUUCUCAAAGACAGCUUAAACAAAAUCACCUUUAAAGCGAACGAGUCGGUUAAACAAGAAAUGGUUUUUAUAAAAGGGUUAAUUUACAAGCGAAACGGAAAUUACCUAGAUGCGUACAGGCACUUGGAAGAAUGCAGAUUAGCAAAUAUUGGGGAUAGGCACAUCAACACGAAGACGAUUAAAACUUGCUUAAAGUGUGGACUGAUAAAGGAUGCAAAAAAAAUGGCCUCUAUCUUCACGAACCCGUUGGACAAUAAUUUCAUGAAGAACAUUAACGAAACGCAGUGCUUCUGGUUGGAGUACUGCAUCUCGCAGGGCUACAUGAACAAUCACCCGAACGUCCACUUGGGAAGGUACCUCAGUUUGGGCCCCGACAGCUUGUACGACUUUGGUGGUGUCGAGGAGGCGGAAAACCAAGCGGGAGGGAAAAACCAAGCGGAAGCGGAAAACCAAGCGGGAGGGCAAAACCAAGCGGAAGAAGCGACGAAUGGUACGAAGAGCAACCCAAGCGGCGAAAAGAAAAAACUAAAUCUGCAAAAAAGCAUCCUGGUGGACAACGACAUGCUAGGGAGAAACGAAUUUAACGACUACAGCAGAGGACUGCACUACCUGCACAUGGGUCAUAAGCAGUUCUUAGACAUCCACGAAGACCAAAUUUGCUUCUACUAUUAUACCAUCAGAAAAAUGCUCUACAGAUCCUACAGGCACCUCCUCUACAUGACGAGCGAAAUGUUUUCUUCCAGAUUUUAUCGUAAAUUUGGGAAGGCGUUAAUUAAGGCGUUACUACACAUGCACGAUUCUGGAUUAUUAAAAAAAAAUGACAUGAAUAAAAAGAAUAAAAAAAAAACAAAAGCUAGUGUAUCUGUCCAGGAUGAAAAUGAUAUUUAUGAACAUAUAAAAAAUGAUCCCUUGGAAAAUGCCAUGAUAUAUAUGAAAACGUUUCUGUCCCAGCCGAAUGUGGAUUUGGCUGUGUACAGGCUAAAAUUCGACAUUGAGAGGAGAUCACCUGACAAGGACUAUGGAUGCAUGAUCGACACCCUUCUAACAAUGAAGUCCAUAUUUCCGCACCAUAACUAUAACUAUAAAUUUGGCCCAGCCAUUUCGUACUAUUUGUGUACAGUCCGUUUGGAUAGUGCAAGCGAGGAACGAAGAAAAGAAAUUACGAGCAAGCUAAAUGACCUGUUGGGAUUGAAUCACUCUGUGUACAGUACUGAGUUGUUAAAAGAAGUUAGGACACAAUAUAUCGAAAAUUUUGUAAAUUUUUUUAACGAACAUAAGAAGGGCGACUUGCGUUAUUACCAAUCAGCCCUAGAAAUAUACCUAGAUUGUGGAGAAAAGGUAGACGAAAAACUUUUGGAAAAGACCAACGUGGAUCCCAAGAAGAAUAAACUAACGAGGUGUUUUAAAUUUCUCCGAUUUUUAAUUAAAUGGCAAGAGAAGCACGUAGAGUUUGCUCCCCUGUUGGACCACUUCAAGACCUGCUGCAGGGAAGCGUUCCCGCUAGCAACGGCAUUCCAGUGA